GUCAGCCCGUCACCAGCAGGAUCCAGUCGCCUCGCCAGCUUCACUCACCAUCCUACACGCCCCCCACUACUCUUCCUCCUCCAACCUCCCUUCCCCUCUCCCUCCCUCCAUCGCCUAGCGGUGGCAGCGACUGCUCCCCCACCCGCACGCACGCCCGCCGUGAGCAUAAAGCCGGCGCGCGCCCACACGCCAUUGUCAUUUCCAUCGUUUCCCUUUCCAAAUUCAACGCCGCGGCAGGGAGCUGGCACGGUCACCUCCCUGACCCGUUGAGCCGUCAAUUCUGUUCCGCCGCCCCGCGAUUUCUUCAGCUGCCGAUCGAGUGGCCGGGGAGGCGCAUUGCCUCCGCUUCCACCGGGAGGGCCUCGCCUGACCGGCGCUCCCGGCGCCGCCUUGGCUCCCAUGACGUGCGCGCGCGCCGAGGACGCCAUCUCGCCCGCCGCCGCCGCCGCCGCCGCCGCCGCCGCCGCGGGCGACGACGACGAUGUGGCGGCUGCCCCAGUUUCCAGGGGCGGCUUGAUCCAGAAGGUGGCUGCCGGCGGCGGCGGGCGGAGAUCGGCCGGCUCGGCGCGCUCACUGCAGCGCUCGGCACAUCUGGCGACCGGGGACGGCGAUGCUCCGGCGCCGGCGCCGGAGGCCAGUUGCUCCGGGGAUGGGAUAGGUAAGAGCAAUGGUGGUGGGAAGAGGGAAGAUAGCCACAGGAUGCGGCAGUACAGGUCCCAGCUCGAGCAGGAGGUCAAGAAAUUGCAGAGGCAGCUUGAAGAAGAGAUCGAUCUGCAUGUGGCGUUGGCGGAUGCUGUUACACAAAGUGCUGUGCCUAUAUUGAAGUCUUCUAAGAAGCUUCCACACAAGGCACAGGAGCUACUGAUUAACAUCGCCUCCUUGGAGACUACCGUUUCAAAGCUUGAAAAGGAGCUAAAUGAUCUGUACUACCAGCUUUGUCAAGAAAGGAAUGAACGGUUACUUGCUGAAAAUAAUCAGGGAUGCUUGCCGUCUACAUCCUCAGAUGAGCACCAAUCAAUGUCAACUUGCACGUGUACGUGGGAAGAACACAUAUCAUCAUUGAGAGAUUUGAAGUUUGGGGGGUAUGAAUCAAUGAGGUCAACGAGACAGGACUUAUUCCCUGAGCUUGAAGAUGACCAGGAUGUUGGAGAAGAUCCUGAAGGUCAACAGAUGGUUUCUUUAAACAGGCUGCUAGAAAAGCACCGAGAUUCUUCUUUGAAUAAACUUCUUGAAAAGCACCGGGAUGAAGAGAUGCAAGAAUCAUGCUCUGUGGAAAAUGAACGCAAUGAAGAUGAGCAGCUUGACGCCUUAUCCUUUGAACAGUCCAUUCUAAAGAUAGCUAGCAUGAAAGGAGGGAAUCUUUGGAGCAACCCAAAUGAGCUCUCCGAGGAGAUGGUUCGUUGCAUGAGAAACAUUUUCCUGCGCUUGUCUGAAUCCUUGAAGAUAUUGCCGAAGGCAUCUUCUGAUUGUUCAUCUUCCUCAGCGGAGCGUCUAUCAGGCUCCACAUCAGCAUCCUUCUCAGAUUCAUCCAUAAUGCCCUCAAUGCUACGGAGUCCUUCAGUUGAUUCUAACCACAACAAUGAGACAAUGAAUGAAGUCAGGAACUUUGAUCCAUAUAAAGUUAAUGGAAAGGAAACUCGAAGAGAUAUUGGAAACUAUCGUUCAGCAGCUGAAGUAUCUUGGAUGUCUGUUGGAAAGGAUCAACUUGAAUAUGCAUCUGAAGCUCUGAAGAAGUUCAGAUUUCUUGUGGAACAGUUGUCAAAGGUUAAUCCUAGCUGUAUGAAUCGUGAUCAGCGGCUAGCCUUUUGGAUUAACUUAUACAAUGCUUUGAUAAUGCAUGCGUAUUUGGCAUAUGGAGUACCUCGAAAUGACAUCAAGCUUUUUUCUCUAAUGCAAAAGGCUUGUUACACAGUUGGUGGCCAGUCCUUCAGUGCAGCGGAAAUAGAGUUUGUGAUUCUAAAGAUGAAGACUCCAGUGCAUCGGCCCCAACUUUCUUUGAUGUUGGCUCUGAAUAAGUUCAAGAUUACUGAGGAUCACAAGAAGUACUCAAUCGAUGAAUUUGAACCCCUUUUGUUGUUUGGACUUAGCUGUGGAAUGUUCUCUUCUCCUGCUGUACGUAUUUUCUCCGCCGCAAAUGUCAGACAGGAGCUCCAGGAAUCUUUGAGAGACUAUAUUCAAGCGACUGUUGGUACAAAUGACAAAGGGAAACUGCUGAUCCCAAAGUUAGUGCAGAGCUACGCCAAGGGAGCUGUUGAAGACUCUCUGCUUGCAGACUGGAUCUGCCACCACCUUGCUCCUGAUCAAGCUGCAGUCAUCCGAGAUUCUUCUUCACAGAGGAAGCAGCGGCUUCUUGGAUUUCGAGGUUUCACUGUUCUCGCGUUUGACUCAAAGUUUCGGUACCUCUUCUUGCCUGACAGCAGUGGCUCCCAGAAGCUAGAGGCAAAACAAUCUUACAAACUUCCUGAGCCGUGUUCAAAAUAGAUAAUAAAAGCUCAGUUUGGUAUAUUUGAGCCAUAAUACCAUUCUUUUGCGUAGCGUGACAUGGGAUUGGCGGUUGUAUAUGAUGUAAAUUUUGAAGAAGGAAAGUAUAUCAUUCAACAAAGCUCAGAGAAAGCUUGAAUUGCCGUGUUUGCAAAAUCGGAUCCUCUCUGCAGAGUUGGUGACGGGUUGUAUUGUUUUUUUAGGUAUUCACUUGUCUUUCAUACUGAAGAUAAAAUCCUUUUGUUGUUUCUUCUUUUUUCCAUACUUUUUCCUCUCUCUCUUUUUUCUGUAAAGCUCUUUGGUCAAUUGAUCUGUAACUUCUACACAAAUAAAGGCGGUGAGCAGUCUUUACUUUGGUAUCUCUGUGCAAUUGAUCUGUAACUUUCUGUUUACUUAUAUGAUACGUUUUCAUUGCAAA